AUGGGACAAACAUUAUGGUUAUGGAUAAGCAGUAUUCUUGUGAUUGUGACUAUAUGCAACUGUGCCAGUAGCAAUAACCAACCAACUAUUACUAAAUGUGAAUACUAUAAUGAUACUUUAUGUGAAAUUUCACAUGGCGAAGAUGGCUGUGGAAAUAACUCUCAAGAAUGUCAACCUGCUGAAAACAAGCCAUCAUAUUGUUACGCUUUUUGGAUAAAUAACACUUUAACAAAUCAGUUGGUUGUAAAAUUUAAGGUACCUUAUAUAACCUUAUUUUUGUUGAAAAAUAACUAUCAUAUAAAUAUCUUUUGAGUAUUUAUUUAAAAUUAUUCUUUUGAGUAGGGGUGUUUUUUGAACAAUGUUGAAUGUCAAGGUCAAAAACAAUGUAAAGAUAAAAAGGAAGAAAUUAAACCUAAUGGUUUCAUGUUUUGUUGUUGUGAAGGAGACUUAUGUAAUUCCGAACUUCUUUGGGAUCCUGUUCCAACAACUCCUCGAAUAGAACCAUGUAAAAAAUAAUAUACCUUAUGUCAUUAAAAUGUUAUUUAAAUUAAUGUACACAAAUUUAAAUGAAACAAUUUUUCUGAUUUAGCAGCAAUUCCAUUCCAUGAUGAUGAUGAAUUAGUACACACAAUAGUAUUUUCCACCAUACCAUUAGUAGCUGUAGCCAGUAUGUUUUUAUUUCUUUAUUGGGUUUAUAAACGGAGAAAAAUUCCUCACUUUUCCCAUGUAAGUAGUUAAAAUUAAAUAUUUUGAAAUAGUUUUUAUAUUAUUAUAACUUUACAUUACUAAAUACUAUUUACUUAAUCUUUCUAAAAAGUGUCUCGUAACAUAUUCAAUUACCAUAACAUGUUUAUUUGCAUAGAAAAUUAUAGUGGAAACUUAAGAAUAAACAAUUAACAUUAUUUAUAACUUCUUAUUUAGUACUUGUGCUAUAUUGCUGUUAAAAAAUAUAUCCUUGAAAGUAAAAAAUACAACAAAUUCUUAAAAAAAAUAGUUCUUAAUCUUAUUUACAAUUUUUCGUUGGCGAGUUUAAGUUAUUUAAAGUUGACAUAUGGCAUUAUAGUAUUGGAUUCCAGUUAUUAUCACGUGGAUAUUACCUACUUAAUGCAUUUUGGAGUUCUAGGGGUGAGAAAGAGUCUAAAUAUUGAGUAAUUUGCUGUUACUGCUGAUAUCCGUAUUUUAGAUUUCGUAGGGUCGCAAUUGAAUUUCUUGAUAAGUCCUCAUGCUUUACUACUGCUGUGUUUCAUGUCCGCAUUGUUUAGAAGUGUAUGCCAGUUUGUCCUUCUUACCUCUGUAAUGUUUUCUAAUAAGCGUUCUCCUUCUACGAUUGUAUCUGGGUUGAAAGGGUCGUCUUCAUAUCGAUUUAUGUACAAUUAGAACUGUUCUGAUAGUUUAAAGGUUAAACCUGGUAUAUAUCUUGUUCUACAAACUCAGGGGAUAAAUUUCCUUUAAAUAUGUUUCACAUUUUCCACGAAGGUGUCAUACUGGUCACUAAUCGCUGUCCGGUGUGAUAUUUCUACGCCUAGACUUUUUGAAAAAUCCAACCAAUUAAUCCUUGGAAAGUUAAAUCCCCUUUAGAAUAAUGUUAUGUUAGCUCUGAUUUCAUGGGUUAUUUCAAAUUAUAUGGGUCUAUGUUAUGACCGUGGUAUGUGUUUUUCAAUUCUGAUUGUCUGUUUCUUUAGGGAAUCACUGACAAAUAUUAGGUACAGGUUGUAUCACUUCUUCCAUCGCCCACUAUUAAAUUUAGAUGGAAGUUUGGAGUCGUGGAUCAGUGUAAGUUGCCAUGCUUUCACCCAUUUUUAUCGUUUUCUAUGUAUCCCCGUGUAGUAAUAUGGCUGUUGAAGUUGCCAACCUACUAUUUGUAUUCUUUGGUUAUUAAAAUUACCAGGAUCAUGAAUGGGGAAAGGUGUUACAGGGAGUUUAUAAAUCAAGGUGAUAGUACAAUUCUGUAUUUCAAUAGUUAAAAUAUCUAUGUCUAGUUCUUCUGAUAGUUUAUCAGAUAUUAUAUUCAAGUCUAGUCUUAUAAAUAUAGCGCUACCAUAUUUGCCGUGAAGUCUUUCGAUUACAGGUUGCUACAUGCCUGAAAUUUUUAGUCUAUUGUUGUGAGGGGCCCGAUGUGUCUCUUGAAUACAUAGUAUGUCACAUGCUGUAUACUUACACAAUUCUGCUAAGUCUUCUUUGUCAUUUGAUAAUCAUAAUCCCUUAAUAUUGAUUGAAAUCAUCUGGAAAAUUUUGGUAGGUGACUCUAAAAAGAACCUUUUUGACAUUGUGGUUGUCUAGUUAUGCAAAGAUUUGACUGUGCACCAAUAUGGUUCUCUGCUUACACGGAGAUAGAUCUUUAGGUGGAAGAGAAAUAAAUGCCCUCAUCUAGGAACACCUAUAACUAUGAUGAGCUAUCCAUUUUUUGAUUAUCAUUCUAAUUAUGUAAUAGACUAGGCUUCUUCGUUGAUAUUGUUACACAGUAUUCUAUUGUGACUAUGCUACUAUAUUUGUCAUUGUUAUAGUUCAUUAUAAUAUUAUAAGAUUUAUUAAAAUAUCUCUAAUACCUCUACGUCCCAACCCAAUAAACUUAAUAAUACACUCAUAAUAGUGGGUAAAUUAAGUUGAAGAUUUAAUAUUUACAUGUAUAAAUGCCACACAGUGGGAGAAAUACAAGUUCUAGCAGACUAAAACUCAUAAUAAAUUUUGUUCCAAUUAAAAAAUGACGAGAGAUCUAAUUUUUACCUUUAAAUAAUAUCUUACCAUUUACACAAAAAGCCAUUUUUUGUAAUAAUUGGGAAAAACCAAAAAAGAUGAUGAUUUUUACGAAGUAUGGUGCAACAAUUUCAUUAUUUUAAAUUUUUAAGAUUAAUAUUUUUCCACCAGAAAUAUUUGUCCAAAUGUCAAGAAUAGCAUAUUUCUAAAAGAAAAUUUUGUCUAGUUUAUAAGUAAAAUAGUUGUUCGAUUAUUUAUAUACUUUUCCUAAUAAUUAUGAAAAAACUUAGGAAAUAUGGUAAAGAGUACAAAAUUUGUUUUGUUUUUUUUUUUUUUUUUUUUUUUUGUUAUACUGUAAAAGUCAUAUUUUGUAGUACCGAUGGAUUGAAGUUAAGAAUCAGCCAAUCUUCAUUUUAUUUUUAAUAAAUUUGUUAUAAGUUCUGUUAGAUGACUUCCAUCUUUUAUUCAAAGAACUACAAAACCCAGCUAUUUUACUUUAUAGAACUUUAUCAUUGAACUCGUCCAGUUUAACCCAGUUUAAGAUUUUAGAUAUUAUAAUGCUGAAAAGAUGUUGUCUUGCCUCUGUAAAACAAGGUUUCGAAAUAGUUUUAUUUUCUUUCUCUGAUACAAUAAACAAAUGAUGAUUUCUUAUCAUAUUUUCUAAAUAAAAAAAAAAAAAAUAUUAUUUUGAAAAUAAAUUUAAAAUUAAUAUCAUUUUUACUUUGUCAAUUUGUAGAUAUAUAUUUCUAAAAUUCACUAGUUUUUUAGUUUUUUAGCAAAUCCUUAAUCCUAUUAGGGUUAAUAGGACAAACAUAUUAAAUUAUUGUAUUAUCGUCAGUCCUUGAUAAAUGCGCAAAGUUUAAUAAAUCUGGUGUUUUAAAGUGGGUGAAAAUCAUAUUUAAAAUUUUCAUUGCAAACAAACAUACAGGUGUUAAAAGCUAUUAAAAGCAUAUUAAACAAAUAAAUAAAAUAGGAUUUAAUAGUAAAUAUUACACGUCUGCCAUAUAUGUUAAUAUUAUUAGAUAAUGAUAAAACUAGUGUAUUUUUUAAUCAAAACUAUUUGGAUUCAAUCUAUUUUUACAGUAGUCUUAAUAAUAUUAUUUAAUUAUAGACAUGGUGGCUAUUAACUUUGAGCUAUAUCAAAUCAAUGAUCAAUAUUAACUGUGUAUUGUUGCCUCAAAUUCUCCACAAAUAUACUACUCCCGAUUAAUAACUUGAAAGUUACAUGCAUAUGUUACAACACCACAUAUUUUAUUGUUUAUUUAAUAUUCUUUAAUUAAUGAAUUAACAAAUUAUAUAUAUUAUAAUUAUAUAAGCAAUAAACAAAUAAAAAACACCCGUGGACAAGAGUCAAAUUUUCUUCCACCUAUUUUGUCUAAUAGAAAUUUUCUUUGCCAAAUAAAUAACUGAAUACCAUAAUAACACUACUUACAGAUAUAUGGUGAAAUUUGAUCAUUUGAAAAUGGUAGGGGUGGUAAUUGAAAUUUAAAACCCCCAAAAAACACAUCCAUAAUAAUAGCAAUAUUCAUGUACAAAAUUAUAUUCCUCUGGCUUCAUUUGGGGAAUAUUUAGUGGUGUACAAAGCUACCUUUCAUCUGCAACAACAUUAAUUCAUAUUGAAAUUCAGCCCAACAUUUAACACUUCAAAUGACAUACAAAACAAUUAGCUGUUAGAAAUGUCCAAAAGUAGGAGGAAAAGGUAUAUAUGUACAAUACUGUGCAAUAGUCUUUAUUUUCGGGGAAAAAUUCAACAAAAAUGUAUUAUACAUAAUUUAUAAUUGAUUCUAUAUUUUUAUUUUUGUUUUUUUAUUAUUCAUUACUUACUUUGGAAUUUAAAUCUUUAGUGGGUGAGUUUGUUCAAUUAAUAAAUUACCUAACACAAUUUGUUUUACUUGAAAUAUUUUUUAUUAUGUAAUAAUAAAUUAUUUUCAAUAUUAUGUUAAGGUUCCGUCAUCUGAUAGCUCUCAUUUAGGAAAUUGUUCUCCUAUAUUGAGCAAUCGCCCUAUUCAACUAGUUGAGGUAAAAGCACGUGGUCGCUAUGGUGCAGUGUGGAAAGCUCUUCAUAAGAGGGAUACAGUAGCUGUUAAAAUAUUUCCUCCUCAGGUAAAAUAAUUGUUUUAAUUUGUGUUUUAAAACUAAUGUGUCUUAUUAUUGUUAUUAAAGGAUAAAAAUUCUUGGUUGGUUGAACAAGACAUUUACCAAUUGCCUCAUAUGCAAUAUGACAAUAUUUUAUCGUUUAUUGGUGCUGAAAAACAUGCUAGUGUCCUUGAAGGCGCCAAAAACGAAUAUUGGUUAAUUACUGCUUAUCAUGAUUAUGGAUCACUUUGUGACUACUUAAAAUCAAACAUAUUGACUUGGGAUCAACUUUGCCAUAUUGCCCAAUCCAUGGCUAGGUAACAAUAUUUUAAAAUUUAAUAUUUUUAAAUGUGUUCAAAUUGUAAUUUUCUUUCAGAGGUUUGAUGCACUUGCACGAAGAAAUUCCAUCUGAACGUUCAGAUCAAUAUAAGCCAGCCAUUGCUCAUCGAGAUUUCAAAAGCAAUAAUGUAUUACUAAAACACGAUUUGACUGCUUGUAUCGCGGAUUUUGGUUUGGCUUUAGUGUUUCAACCUGGCAAGUCAUGCGGUGAUACACACGGACAGGUUAAUGCACUUAAUCAGUAAUAAACAUAAAAGUAAAAUCUAAUUUUUACAUUAAACAAACAGGUUGGUACAAGAAGAUAUAUGGCACCAGAAGUUUUAGAAGGUGCAAUCAAUUUUUCGAGGGAUGCAUUUUUAAGGAUUGACAUGUACGCAUGUGGCUUAGUACUUUGGGAAUUAGCAACAAGGUGUACAGCACAACAAGGAGUUGUACCGGUUUAUAAACUACCAUUUGAAGAAGAAGUUGGACCGCAUCCAUCUUUAGAAGAUAUGCAAGAAUGUGUGGUGCACAAAAAACUAAGGCCAGCUUUUAAAGACACUUGGAAAUCACAUCCAGUAAGAAACGUCUACAUUUAAUUUAUCAUUAAUAUAUCUAAUGGUUUAAUUUUUAUAUGACAUUUAUGCAUAUAAAUAUAAAAUAUUAAUAUUAUUAAUGUAUCAUAAUAUAUUUAGGGUUUAAUUGCUUUAUGCGAUACAAUGGAAGAAUGCUGGGAUCACGAUGCCGAAGCUAGAUUAUCGGCAUCUUGUGUAAUGGAACGCAUUGCGUGGCAAUGUCGUCAGUAUAAUGGAGGAGCGAUAACAACAUUAGCAUUGGCACCAUAA